GUCCAAUUAGAAUUUUCGAAACGUUUCUAAUUGAACGCACGUUUGGCAAUGCGCAGUAUCGAUAACUAACGGAUGGUUGGCAACACUGCCAGACAGCCGGCCGUCAAAUUAUUUCUACGCCUGAUUCGUUUCUACUUCUACGCUUGUGUUACGGCAAUAAAUUCGGUUGAUAAGCACGGAGAGAUCUGGUGAAAUCCACAAACGGAACAGUCCAAUACCGCCCUUUAUUGCACCCUUUUAUCUCAAGUGCGCGAUUAGAUUUUGACCGCGAGUCGUUUUCACGAAGUAUCUUAUGCCGCAGAAAAAAAAAACAUGAACUCCAUCCUAAUAACCGGCUGCAAUCGAGGACUGGGCCUGGGACUGGUGAAGGCCCUGAUGAAUCUUCCUCAGCCGCCGCAGCAUCUGUUCACCACUUGCCGGAAUCGCGGACAAGCCAAGGAACUGGAGGAUCUGGCCAAGCAGCACUCCAACAUUCACAUCUUGGAGAUUGAUCUGAGGAACUUUGAGGCCUAUGACAAGCUAGUCGCCGACAUUGAGGGCGUGACCAAGGACAAGGGACUCAAUGUGCUCUUCAACAACGCGGGCAUAGCGCCCAAGUCGACGAGGAUAACGGCCACUCGAUCGCAGGAUCUGCUGGACGCACUGCAGACCAACACGGUGGUGCCCAUUAUGCUGGCCAAGGCCUGCCUGCCGCUCCUCAAAAAGGCGGCCAAGACGAACGAGGCGCUGCCGAUGGGCGUGGCCCGUGCCGCCAUUAUAAACAUGUCCUCGAUCCUGGGUUCGAUUGAGGGCAACAAGGAUGGCGGCAUGUAUGCGUACCGCACCUCCAAGUCGGCCCUGAAUGCGGCCACCAAGUCACUGAGCAUCGAUCUGUAUCCGCAGCGCAUCAUGUGCGUCAGUCUGCAUCCCGGAUGGGUGAAGACCGAGAUGGGUGGCAGCAACGCCCCCUUGGACGUGCCCACCAGCACGGGUCAGAUCGUGGAGACGAUCGGGAAGCUGGGCGAGAAGCAGAACGGUGGAUUCGUCAGCUACGAUGGCUCACCGUUGCCCUGGUAAAGGAUGUCAGACCCCAUUUAACUGCAUUCUGUUCCGUUUGUUUGUUAAUUGUUGUUAAAUAAAUUGAGUGCCUCAAUAGAA